GACAACCCCCUCCCCCACGGACACGGCUAGGCCGCCGCUCGGCCCACCCGGGCAAAGCCUGCAGGCCCGCGCCCACCCUCCCGCUCAGGCCUCGUCCCGGGGCAGGGGCAGUGCGGGCAGCCGCACUGGCCAGCUGCGAUACCAACCUCGCUAUUGAAGGUUUUCACGGCCUCCAUGUUGUCGCUGCAGAGGCUCCGAGCCCGGCGGCGGAAGAGGCGGCGGCCACUGCACUGGCCUCCUGUUUCACCUCCCCGCCGCUCGGGCCGCAGGAACCAGCCGCGCAAGGCGAAGACAGAGGAAGAAGCGCUGGCAGCAGCGGCUGCGGCAUCCAAUAUGGCGGACACCAAUCGGGCCGCGCAGCUCCGAGAUCCGCGGCGCCGGCCAGCGCGCCCCCUGGCGACUGGACCGCGCGGGCCCCGGCUGCCGGGCGGAAACCAUCGAACGCGUUCGGGCCUGAGCGUCGCCGCCCAGAGGCCCGGCUCGGCUCGGCUCGGCUCGGCCGACCCCGGGGGCCCCCCCGCGCGGUGCCCCCCACCAACGCCUGUAGCACACUGGAACCCCGGCUGCUGUGGGACUGACAGCCGCGAUCAGGAGGGCGCUCCUUAGCGUCGCUCUGAGAAAAACUUAAAUGUGCCCACGGAGCGGCAGGUUUGGGAAAUGUAUCCCUGUUUCCGCUGUUUACCCGUGGAUUGCUCUUUUUGCAUCAGAGGCUGAGUUUAGUUCUUUUCAGAAGUUUACUGGACAGUGGACUAAAGGUUACCAACCAAAAAAAAAAAAAAGUUUCUGGUCAUUCAUCUAUUCUGUAACAAUGUGCUCGAGCGCUUUAAUAGUACAGAGGGAAACAAAAACCUUCGGAUCCGCACGGGGGGCCCCAUGCAGCAGCUCCCUGCAGGAAAUGUACGCUGCAGAGAAUCCCGGGACUCGGGUUGCACAAUGAAUGAGAGCAUUUGUCUGCACGGCGGGAAAGGCAUCCCAGAAUGUACAACAUUUAAGUAGGUGAAAGGCAACCCAUCUUUUAAAGAGGAUGAAUUAUUUUGAAGGAAUUUUGCACUAGAUUAUUUGGAGUGAAGGGGUGAAUGCAGUAUUUCUUAGAUGGAAUAGGAGAUGUUGCUAGCAAAAAGCCUUCUCAUUUAGUGCAAUGUAAAAUAACCGAAAACAAUUUAAGAAGUAACGUUUAUUGAAACUAGAAGUUAUUUGGGAGGCCUUGGUGGCAUAAUUGCUUCUGCCCAAGAGUUUGAGACUGCAGUGACCUAUGAUCGGUCCACUGCACUCCAGCCUGGACAAGAGAGGGAGAC